AUGGGGGACUUCACACGUUCAGAAGAAAUGAGGUUCUGCCAACUUAUUGUUGAGAAAGAUGCAGCAUUCAAUUGUGUGGCAGAACUGGGAAAGCAACCUUAUGUCCAAUUUAAAGAUUUGAACCCCGACGUAAACCCUUUCCAGCGAAUGUUCGUUCGUGACAUUCGGCGUCUGGAUGAGAUGGAGCGUAAAUUGAGGUUCUUGGAGUCUCAAAUUAAUGCCGAUAGCAUACCUAUUCCUGGACGCAUUGAUGAUGGCGAUUAUACGAUAAUGCCACAAGUUGAGCUAAAUCAGCUGGAGACAACCCUCACUGAUCUGGAAAGAGAUGUUAAAAACAUGAAUGAAUCCGACUCUCAGUUAAGAUCAAAUCUAAUGGAAUUGAAAGAAUGGGAUCAUGUGCUUGAUAAGACGGAUCAGUUUUUCCAAGGGGGAGUGGAUGACCAGGCUCAAGAAGAGCUUGAGAUACAAGAAGAAGAAGGUUUCGGUAAAAGUGAAAAAGCUCCUAUGAGUUAUGGAGUUGGAACCAUCAGAAGGGAGAGGCUCUUGGCAUUCGAAAGAGUUCUGUGGAGAGCUUGUCAUCAUACAGCUUAUCUGCGAAGUGCCCCAAUCGAGGAAGUUUUCGAAUAUACAAAUGGAGAAAGAAGUGAGAUGGCUGUUUUUAUCGUUUUUUAUAAAGGAGAUCGUCUUCGAGCUAUUAUCGAAAAAGUUUGCGAUGGCUUCAAAGCGAAACUUCUUAAAAACUGUCCAAAGACUUUCAAAGAAAGGCAAUCAGCUCGCGUUGAUGUUCGUGCUCGACUCCAAGAUCUGCAAACAGUCAUUGGACAGACGAAAGAUCAUCGCUUCCGCGUUCUACAGGCUGGAGCUAAUAAUCACAACCAAUGGCUCAAACAAGUUCGAAUGCAGAAAACAGUUUAUGCUCAUCUAAACCUGUUUACCUUCGAUGGCAUCGGUCGUUUCUUUGUAGCCGAAGCUUGGGUUCCGUCGCUCCAUAUUGACGAUGUUAAAAUUGCUCUUCAACGAGGAGCUGAAGCGAGUGGGUCAACAGUCGCUCCAGUUCUGAACGUUUUGGAGACAUCUAAAACCCCUCCAACUUACAAUAAAACCAAUAAGUUUACUGCUGUUUUCCAAGGUAUUGUGGAUUCUUAUGGAGUAGCAUCCUACAGAGAACUGAACCCGGCUCCUUACACUAUAAUUUCAUUCCCAUUCCUGUUCGCUUGUAUGUUCGGUGAUCUUGGUCAUGGCAUCCUCAUGUUCCUUGCUGGACUAUAUUUAGUUCUACGAGAGAAAAAUCUUAUCGCUAGAAAUAUCAAAGAUGAAAUUUUCGGAAUGUUCUUCGGUGGUCGUUACAUCAUUCUCCUCAUGGGUUUGUUCUCGAUUCAUGCUGGAAUACUUUACAAUGAUUUGUUUGCCAAAUCUUUCAACAUUUUUGGAAGUCAAUGGUUAAAUACCUAUAAUUCAUCCCAACUUGACAUCUGGAUUGUACAAGCCUCGCAGACCAAGAAGGAAAUGCUGAUUGAACUUGAUCCUGGCACCUCUUACCAGCACAGUGAAGGACCAUAUCCGUUCGGAGUUGAUCCAGCUUGGAAUAUCGGAGAGAACAAGCUCAACUUCCUCAAUUCAAUGAAAAUGAAGCUUUCCGUCAUUCUGGGUGUUGGGCAGAUGACAUUUGGAGUUGUCCUCAGUCUUUUCAAUCAUCGCUUUUUUAAGUCCAAGAUUGAAAUCUUCACGGUUUUCAUUCCUCAAAUGUUAUUCAUGUCUUGCAUUUUCAUCUACCUUUGCCUACAAAUUAUUCUGAAAUGGAUCUUUUUCUGGGUUCGUGAAGAGACCGUUUUUGGUCGGCUCUAUCCCGGUUCUCACUGUGCACCAUCUCUUUUGAUUGGACUAAUCAAUAUGUUCAUGUUCAAAUCUCGUGAACCAGGCUUUGUUGAUAUGAGUAAAGUUGUAAGCAACACAACUGACCAUGUUGUUUAUCAAGAAUUGGAAACAUGCUAUCUCACCGAAUGGUAUCCUGGUCAAGGAACAAUCGAAGCUAUUUUGGUAUUGAUUGCUGUUCUCUGCAUCCCAAUCAUGCUCUUUGGAAAGCCGAUUCAUUUCCUUUUGGAGGAGAAAAAGAAAAAAAGAGACUUGGGCGGAAGCAUGUCUGUCCAUGCUAACGUUUAUAACGAUGAUGCUGAGAUUGUCAUUAAUGGAACCCAGAAAGCCGAGCAGCAUCAUGAUGAUGAUCAUGAACAACAUAACUUCGGAGAUGUCAUGGUUCAUCAAUCUAUCCAUACUAUUGAAUACGUACUUGGGUGUGUAUCACACACAGCUUCCUAUCUCCGUUUGUGGGCUUUGUCUCUCGCUCAUGCUCAACUAUCUGAGGUUUUGUGGCACAUGGUUUUGGUCAACUCUUUCAAUCUUCAUAAUCCAAUAGCUGGAUACAUUGCAUUAUAUGUAAUCUUCUUCUUCUUCGCUAUUUUGACAUUCUCCAUUCUUGUCCUUAUGGAAGGUCUCUCAGCUUUCCUUCAUACUCUUCGUCUCCACUGGGUUGAAUUCCAAUCAAAAUUCUAUCUCGGUCUUGGAUAUCCAUUCGAGCCAUUCAGUUUCAAGUCAACUCUACAGUUGGCCGAAGCUUCUCAAAGCUCUGGCUAA